AUUUUCAAAUCUCGCAUGGAUUUACAACCUUCUAAAUUUAAUGCUUGGUCAGCGGUGCCUCGUCAGCAUUCCUUCCUCUGGCCUACACUCCAGAGUCUCCACUUCCUCGACCAGCGGCCGCGCCGGCAGCAGCUCGCGGUGCCCCUCCCUCCUACCCAGCGCUCGCAGAUCGGCGCCGACGCCGCGGCCGCCGGGCGGAGCGCCAUGGCCACGAAGCACCCCCACGGGGACGCUGAUCCGUCCACUUCGCCUCCCCCGCCGCCGAGCCGCCGCCCGCGCGGCUUCGCCUCCGCCUCCACCCCCGCGGCGCCUCCUCCCCCGGGGCGGCGGCGCGGCGAGCGGGAGAGGGAGCGGGAGAAGGAGCGGACGAAGCUGCGGGAGCGGCAACGGCGCGCCAUCACCAGCCGCAUGCUGGCCGGGCUGCGGCAGCACGGCAACUUCCCCCUCCCCGCCCGCGCCGACAUGAACGACGUUCUCGCCGCGCUCGCCCGCGCCGCCGGGUGGACCGUCCACCCCGACGGCACCACCUUCCUCUCCUCUCCCCAGCCCUCUCUCCCUCCCCCUGCCCAAUUCCAGGGUGCUUUCCAGGCUACUUCUCUGGAAACCCCAGUUUUUACCAACUCUCUGAACAGCUACGCCAUUGGGACGCCAAUAGAUUCCCAGGCUUCAGCCCUACAAACAGAUGAUAGCCUGUCACCGUCGUCAUUGGAUUCAGUGGUGGUGGCAGAGCAAAGCAUAAAGAAUGAGAGCUAUGGGAAUUCAAGUUCAGCCAAUUCUUUGAAUUGUAUGGGAAGUGAUCAGCUGUUGAGAGCAUCAGCAGUAUGGGCGGGUGAUUUCACGAAAACUCCAUAUAUACCAGUGUACGCCUCUUUGUCUAUGGGCAUUAUCAAUUGUUAUUGCCAAUUGGUUGAUCCUGAGGCUGUACGCGCUGAACUAAGGCAUCUGAAGUCUUUGAAUGUUGAUGGAGUUGUUGUAGACUGUUGGUGGGGGAUUGUGGAAGCCUGGACUCCUCAAAAGUAUGAAUGGUCUGGCUACAGGGACCUUUUUGGUAUUAUUAAAGAGUUCAAGCUAAAAGUUCAGGUUGUAUUGUCAUUUCAUGGGUCUGGGGAGUGUGGAUCUGGUGGUGUGUUAAUUGCUCUCCCUAGGUGGGUAAUUGAAAUUGCACAAGAGAACCAAGAUAUAUUUUUCACUGAUCGAGAAGGUAGGAGGAAUACAGAAUGCCUUUCCUGGGGAAUUGACAAAGAGCGAGUCCUUCGAGGGAGAACUGGCAUUGAGGUUUAUUUUGAUUUCAUGAGGAGCUUUCAUAUGGAAUUCAGAAGCUUAUCUGAAGAGGGUCUUAUUUCUGCUAUUGAGGUUGGAUUGGGUGCUUCUGGAGAGCUAAGAUACCCUUCGUGUCCAGAAAAAAUGGGCUGGAGAUAUCCUGGUAUUGGCGAGUUUCAGUGUUAUGACAGGUAUAUGCAAAAGAACCUACGGCAAUCAGCCUUGACACGGGGGCAUUUGUUUUGGGCCCGUGGGCCUGAUAAUGCUGGCUACUAUAAUUCAAGGUCACAUGAGACUGGCUUUUUUUGUGACGGAGGUGAUUAUGACAGCUACUAUGGGCGUUUCUUCCUUAAUUGGUAUUCUGGAAUCCUCAUAGAUCAUGUGGAUCAGGUGCUCUCACUUGCUACUCUUGCAUUUGAUGGAGCAGCAAUUGUGGUGAAGAUCCCCUCCAUCUAUUGGUGGUACAGAACUGCAAGCCAUGCUGCAGAGCUUACUGCAGGAUUCUACAACCCUACAAAUCGAGAUGGAUACUCUCCAGUUUUCAGAAUGCUCAAGAAGCAUUCCAUAAUUCUUAAAGUGGUUUGUUAUGGCCCAGAAUUUACAGUUCAGGAGAAUGAUGAAGCAUUUGCUGACCCAGAAGGUUUAACCUGGCAGGUUAUGAACGCAGCAUGGGAUCAUGGUCUAUCUGUAAGUGUAGAGAGUGCUCUUCCAUGUCUUGACGUGGACAUGUACUCUCGGAUCCUUGACACAGCGAAGCCGAGGAAUGAUCCUGACCGUCACCAUCUCUCAUUCUUUGCAUACCGUCAGCGAACUCCGUUCCUUUUGCAGAGAGAUGUGUGCUUCUCAGAGCUUGAGACCUUUGUAAAGUGCAUGCACGGGGAGGCUACCCAGAACUUUGUAGAUUGAACUUGCUUUGGCGACGCAUUCCCUGAUAUGCUGCAACUUGCGUUCUGCAAAUUUCUGGAUUCCCUUCGUGGCUAUCGCAAGAUUUAACUCAUAUUGCUGAUUAACGCAUUCCGGCCAUCUCCGCCUUAUGCUAAGGGUCAGCCGACCAGAUGGCACUGAAACUGUUGUGCCGGUGGUGGGCAGGGAUUAGUAUCCCUUAUCUGCGGUACAGGGCUGGUAGUUCAGCAAGUUUUUACCGCGGCGUCACCUAGCCUGGGCUGGAAGAUGGAAAGAAUGGCGAGGCAUAUAUCUAAUAGCACUACAUUAUCAUGCUCUUAAGAUGCAAAGAAACCCUCUCCUGAUUGGGUGGUAAACCAUCUGUCUCUGAAUUCUCGAUGAUGCUUAGACUUUGUUUAACCGAAACAUCUUUCUAGAUUGUGACUGAAAUUUGAACUGUCCGAGCUGAGGUUAGGUCUGAAAUGGUCGUUAAUUUUGUUAA